CGAUCCCAAACUCCUACGGCUGAGCCUUGAUCCUCAAUUUCAUCGAAUCUGCGAACCUCAAUUCGAGGGGUCUCGCGCGACCUGUCUGUGGAUGUCAUAGGGUGUGUUCUGGAAUCGACACCGAGGUGGAUCCUCGCAGCCCAUGCCUUCCCGCGCCACCUAAUUCCAACCUCAUCCGACGAGAAAAAUCAAUCCCAGGCAAUUUGACAGCGAAGCGCGCUCCAAGAACACCCGUUUAUCUGCAUGGCAAACGUCACGCCGGGUGUCGAGUACGCCGACCGUGCCUGUAAUUCGUGCAGACAGCGUCGGGUCAAGUGCGACAAGAGACUUCCUGCCUGCCUGCGGUGUGAGAAACUGGGAAGACCAUGUACCGGAUACGAUCUGGAACGCAAGUUCUUGGACGAGGGCAUCAAGGUUCGGAGGAAGUAUGAUGGCAACUUUCAAUCUCCGGACUUCUCGAGGGUGGUAGUCUCGAAUUCCCCCAGAGCCCCUGCGGCGGCAGUGCCUGACCGUCGAAUCAACCUUCCACCGAUACACAACGUUCCGAGCAUUCCUCAAGUAAAGUCACCACCACCCUCUUCCGGCGCCAAUCUCCCAAGCAUACACGGAGUCUCCGAUCGAGCCUCGAUCCCCAACGUACAGUUUCCAGCCUUUGGCAUUCUCAACCAACAAGGUCCCGACUUUAAUCUAUUCCCUAAUUCCCCCCCUCAGCCUACGAUUAGCGCACCUCAUCUGUCGGCUACUCCGACACAUUUUCAAUAUACAGCGACACCUCCUCAACUCCCUGACCAUGGUCAGUAUGCCCACCAGGAGCACCCCACCGCCAAACUACUACAUGGCAAGCCCCAAUAUGCGCCCUCAGACUUGGAUUCAUCCGUGAGCGAGGACUAUUUCGAUCUUGACAUCGAAACCUACUACGCGAAGGGGAACAAUGCCUGUGGCUUCAUUCCUGGUCUGCCGGUGAUCUUAACCGAUAACAACGUUCCUGAGUCCGACGACGAUUUCUUGACGAGUGACUUCGCUUCGAUUAGCGGUCGAUCGUCGGUCUAUGAUGGCUCGGAAGGAAAUCGUAACAGCCGUCCAGAAUACAGUCAAAAAUACCUCCACGAAAGGACAACCGAGUUGGCUUGUCUGACGCGGCACUUUGUACAAUCAGUUUCACCAUCGAUGGAUCUGUUCGACCUCGACACCUACUUUAGUAGAAUUGUCCCUCUGAAAGCCGUUCAGAACGUAAUGCUAAGGUCUGCAAUGGCCGCAGUUGCAGCCAAUCAGAUCGGUCAGAUGAUGGCAAACCACUCGCCAUUGGAGGAUUUGCAACAUCUGCUGCCGUUUAUUGGAGAAGAUGGUGCCCUGCAGCAUACCGACUGGUUCUACAAGGCCGCCAACUACUACGACCGGGGGAUUUCAUACCUCCGAAUCUUUUUACAGCGUUGGCUGAGCGAUACGAACAAUGAAGGGUUCACGGGACAUGCCUCGAGAUACAACGACCCGCGAACUCUGUCAGAAACGAACAAUAGCGCUGCGCUCAGCGUAUCUCCCCACAAGCGACGACGCAUAAGCAGAACACAGUCAUCAGAUGGAGCAGACAUGGAAGCUCUGGUGGCUGCGAUAUCUGUCUUCUCGCUCUAUGAAUCUCUCGACAACUUUGCCGACGACUGGUCACAGCAUCUUGAUGGCUUCAAAGCGCUCCUCGAGAGCAAGAUCCUCCCGCAAGCUGCGCUCUCUGUCCCCCGCCCACGCGCGAAUCCUUUUAUAUCAAUGAAGGCUGGCCGGGCCGCUUUCUGGAACUUCGCUCGAGCAGAUUAUCUUGCCGCUUACGUAAACCACUCCAAAACCCGACUUGAUCCAGACAACUUGACCAUGUGGAAAGCAGCAGGCUUGCCCGUGAUGGACGACGGAACACUAAAUUAUAACGAUCCAUCGACUCCAAUCAACGCCGUCGUCUCAUAUCAACCCGGCGAUAGAGAAGACUUGGUUUCUUGCACGUUGAUCUGGAUAGUCGUGAGGACCAUGAAUUUCAUUGCACCGCAAGAAGAUGCUACAGGGAGUUUGGCGGGGACUCCGCGAGGUUUUGACAGUCCAGGAACGAACACCAAAGCUGGGUCAGAGCCGGGUACACCAGGCGCUAUGCAAAGUCGUGUUGCUCGGUGGAAACAACUGCGUCGGCAACUUGAAGACUGGUACGACAAUCUGCCAUUCACCUUUCAGCCAUAUGCGAUCGCGGCUGCCGGCGCACAGCAACCCUCGGACCUCUUACCCAAUGGCCGACCGCGCUUCGCCAGACUCUUCUUCAGCGUGCCCAUGUGUGCCGCUGCUCUUCAACUAUAUCACUUUGCACAAAUCCUUCUGCUAUUGAACCAGCCUGUUGACGAACAGGACGCAAGGCAUCCCGCAAACAGGCUUCGAAUGUUCCGCCAGGUAGCCGAAGAGUCAGAGCAUCACAGCCGACAGAUAUGCGGCAUCGCGUUGGGGAAGCCACCGCCGGCGGUAAGCAGGCAAAUGGUGCACUCGCUCUACCUGGCAGGAUCUUGCUUUGAGGAGAAAGAAGACCGAACUGUUGUUUUGGAAUUGCUGGACAACAUUGCCAAGGAGACAGGGUGUCCGACGGCUCACCGGAGUAAAGAGUUGAAAGAGCAAUGGGGCUGGGAGGAUAACAGAGUCAAGGAAAUUGCAUAAUGGAGCAAGAUGUAGUGGGGAGAUGUACUUUUUGAUGUGCGCUUUCGCAUUGGGCUGAGCCAUUCUGAGGACACAAGAAAACGGAAGGGCCCGGGAAAAUGUAUUGCAACACAAAAUGAGCUGUGUGACGGUGGUGAUGACCAAUGCCCGGAGUUUGGAGCAUUAGCGGACUAAUUAUUGAACUCUCUCCAUCAUCUGAAGCGUCGUUUCUGGGGUGGGACGCAAGAGCAUGCUGGAUCUCGAACCGUCAUGCUGAAUUUCCCUCACAUCUUACGCAUGUAUCUGAGGCGAAUCUGGAAUAGUACAG